CAUCGAGUCGAAACGUCAGUUCAGUCGCAUGCAAUCGCAAAAAGUGACAUAAACAUCUCGCGAAAGGAGCAGUGUACAGAAGGAUCACGGAUAUCUGAAUCUACAACGGAAUUAGCGCAAAAAUGUUCCGGAACACUCUCCGCAGUGGACCUCACAUGCGAGCCCUGCUUUUCGGGGCCACCAAAGUUACAUCCCAUGCUCCAAUCGCUACCCUCUCGAAAGCCGCAACUCCCAGGAUUUUAACCAACACACAUCCGGCAUUAGCUUCAAACCAUGUCCGGACGAUGUUUAUCCAAACGCAGGACACACCCAAUCCGGACAGUUUGAAGUUCCUGCCGGGUGUGGCCGUUUUGGAGAAAGGACAAACGAUGGAUUUCCCCACGCAGGCUGCGGCUUUGUGUAGCCCUCUGGCCAAGCUUCUGUUCCGCAUCGAAGGCGUCCGAUCGGUAUUCUUCGGGGCGGACUUUGUGACCAUCUCCAAGCACGAGGAGGCCGAGUGGCGCCUAAUCAAGCCGGAGGUUUUUGCUGUGAUAAUGGACUUCUUCGCUUCUGGAUUACCGGUGGUGACCGAUGCCAAACCUAUGGGGGACACGCAGAUCAACGAGGACGACGACGAAACGGUUCAGAUGAUCAAGGAACUGCUGGAUUCGAAGAUCCGGCCAACGGUGCAGGAGGACGGAGGGGACAUUAUCUUCAUGGCGUUCGAGGACGGAGUGGUGAAGCUGAAGAUGCAGGGCAGCUGUUCGUCGUGUCCGAGUUCGAUCGUGACGCUGAAGAACGGCGUCCAGAACAUGCUGCAGUUCUACAUCCCGGAGGUGGUCGCCGUCGAGCAGGUGUUCGACAAGGUGGACGAAGUGACCGAGACGGAGUUUGAGAAGUUCGAGAAGCAGAUUAAGCAGAAGAAGGACAAGUAGGGUGGACAUAGUUGGGGAAUGAAGUUAAUGUACAUUGGGGAGGGACUGCUAGUGCUAAGUAGGAUUCUAUUGAUUAUGAUUAUUUGAGAAUAAAUAGGCUUUCGAAGCAUUAACCACUGAA